AAAUUUAAAAUAACAUAGACUAUAGAAUAACGUAAACUUUAACUGCUGAAAUCAACCAACAUCAUCAAAAUGUUUCUCGUCCGUUGAUGCUAUAUUAGUUAGCUGGUUAUUUUGAGGGUGGUUUAGCUUUAAUAAUUUGUAAUCUACUCCAAAAGUUUAUAAUAAAAUGUGUUAGUAACUCGAAACUACGUGUAUUUCCGCUUCGGUUGCCAUUAAUGCAGCCGCGUUUAAACCAAAUUGCUAUUUUCUAUUGUUUACGGAAAUAAACGAGAACAAUGGCAUUUAGAAUUCACGAAGAUCAGGAAAAUACUUCCUUAGGCCUCAGGAAAGCAGAUGCAGAUGUAUUUUCAAGUACUAACCAGCGGCGUGCUCUAGGCAAUAUCAACCACUUCGCCUGCAAUCAGAACCGGAAUACAAAACUCCCCGGGUUGACAAAUGGACCUUGUAAAGUUCAAGAUGAAAACAGGAUGGUGCGCCAAAUCAAGAAUGAGAAGAAUAUUAUCCUUCCAGUGGCACAGUUUCGUGCGUUUAGUGUAUAUGAAGACAAACCAAAUGAGGUGGAGGUAAAGAAACGUGAACCAACCUUCAAACCUUUUGUCGCUAAAGAUUUAAAGAAGGAGAACUUGUUUGUGAACACUAUAGAGAAUGUGAAGAAUGCUCAGGUGGAGAAGAAACAAGAUCCCCUUAAAGAAGCACAUUCACUAAGACUUCCAUUACAAGAAAAGAAAGAUGUUGUUGUAUCGCCUAUGUCAGUUAUUGAUACAAGUGUGCUGUCUAUGUCUAUCUCUAAAAAUGAGAGCCUUAGUGAGACACUCAAUGAUGAUGACGCCACAACUGCUCAGACCAAUAGAGAAAUGUUCUUCCAUGUUGUGGAUUAUCGCCAGGAUAUAUAUGACUAUAUGAGGGAACUUGAGGUAAAAAAUAGAGCCAAUCCACGAUACAUGCGGAAGCAGCCUGAUAUUACUCAAAUGAUGCGUUCAAUCCUCAUUGACUGGCUAGUAGAAGUCUGUGAUGAGUACAAUCAGCAAAGUGAGACACUACACCUUGCUGUCUCAUAUGUGGACCGCUUCCUCUCAUAUAUGAGUGUUGUUCGUACUAAAUUGCAACUAGUCGGAACUGCUGCUACUUACAUAGCUGCUAAAUAUGAAGAAGUGUAUCCACCAGAGGUGUCUGAAUUUGUGUACAUCACAGAUGAUACAUAUACAAAGCGUGAAGUUUUGAGAAUGGAGCACCUAAUUCUGAAAGUAUUGUCAUUUGACCUUUCUACACCAACCUCGCUGGCAUUCCUGUCACAUUACUGCAUAUCUAAUGGACUAUCCAAGAAGACUUUCCAUUUGGCCGCUUACCUGAGUGAACUGUGCCUGUUGGAGGCAGACCCAUACUUGCAGUUUAAGCCGUCUAUCAUCGCAGCAAGCGCUUUAGCCACUGCUCGCCAUUGCCUCCUAUGCGAAAGAUGCACCUCAGAUGAAACUGACUCACUUGCCACUAGCGAUAAUAGUCUAAUCAUUAGUAAAGUUGUUGGUAGUGUUAAUAAUGAACUAGAAGGUAGUCGUGCGCGCGCAAGUUGCAUGGCCACAGCAUGGCCGGUGGCGCUAGCGGCGUGCUCCGGCUACUCCCGUGCUGACUUGGAGCCCUGCAUGCGUGAGUUGGCACGCACGCACGCCCAUGUAGCGCUGCAGCCAUACCAAGCGAUACCCGACAAGUACAAGAGCAAUAAAUAUGACGGUGUGUCUACCAUCGAGCCGCGGUCCAUGUUCCCGGUGCCGAAAUACCAGCCACCUGCCAACCACGCUGCACGCACUGCUUCGGAAACAACACGCACCAGCUAGUAGUCUACCGUAUGGUUUGACACAACUAUUAUUGAACCUUCGCCGCAUUUAUAACAUUAAUAUCUUUUCAUAGACGCCUAAUAACGUUUACAAGACUUGAAAUAUCUAUAUACAAAAAAAGAUUAGGUUAUUAUUAUUUCGGUAUAUAAGAGGCUGCAAUUAUUUACAUCUUAUUGCUGCAUUUUAACAGAAUUUCAUAUUUCAUAGCGGAAGGGUUUUUACUAGGUCUUAUCAUAUAUGAAUGAUAUGAAUGCUUAUCGUGUUAGUUUUGUUCCAUUUGCUUUAAAGAAACUACCUUUUCUGGGGACAAUACUUGAAACUUCAAAUGCUUUACAAUUCCUACGGAUUUGAGAAUUAAUUUAAAUAGAAAUAAAUUAUGAGACAAUAGUAAUUAUAUUAUAUUGUUAAUGUUAUAAAUAAUUUGCAUUUACUUAUAAUAAUUUCAAUAAUAUAAAUAAUUCAAUUAAGUACAAUUAAUUAUCUUGUAGGUUUUGUGAAGCUAGAAUAUUGUGUGAGUUGUUAUAUUAGUUUUUAAUAGUUUCCAAUGGAAAUAAAAAUAAUCUUCGACCUCUGUUUGUUUGUGUUUAUAGUUAUUUGUAUUCAAUAUUUUUACCUUAACAUGUAACUUGUACGACAACAAUGCAAUAUUAAUCGAAAUCUGAUAUGUACAGAUACUAACAAUCAAUAAUACUAUUAUUAUAUAGGACUUUCCAAAGAACACAGGGCAUGUACAAUUACAAAUAUAGAAGUCUUUAAUUACAUUUACAUAUACAUUCAAUUAUUAUCUUAUUAUCAACGAUUUAGUUUAGUAAAUAUUGUACAGAUUAUUAAUUUACUGUCCUGCAUUAUUUUUAUAUAUGUAUAUAACUCCGGCUGUGUUCAAUUCGUCUUAAUGAAAUUCGUUUUGUGCCUUACGAAUUCACUAACACUGGAACACAAUCUCUAUUGAUAGUGUAAUAAGUAGGUAAUAUUUUGAUCGUACAUAAAGGGACCAAGUUUUAGUGAAAUUUAAUGUGAUUCAUAAGUUAGUUGGAUUAUAGAUAGUAUUUUUACCUGUUGUUGGUAAUAUAAAUUUGAUAUGAACGAACAAUAAAUACACACAAUGAGAAACUUAUUUUUCUGAUGCGUAAGCUGUAAUUUUUAUAGCUCAGUAUUCUACUAUAUUGUGAUUUAUAUUUCAGUGAAUCGCAUUUUUCAUGUUUGUUAGUAAAUUAUUAUUUUUGAGAUUUAAGAUCCAUCUGCACACAUCAGCGACAGUACUUACCGAACAGUUGAGUAUAUGUGACUUUAAUAGGACAUGUCAAUGACAGUCACGUGGUGAAAACUAGUAAUUGUAUUUAAUAUACAUAUAUUUAAUGGGUGAUAAUGACUGGUGCACCCGCCUGCGCUAACUACACGCUGACGGGUCACCAGUACAGGAUGGAGUCAGGUCGGUUAGCACAUCGUACCGAAUUAAACUCGAUAGUUUCUAGGGGGACCGCAUGGACCUUAAAUUGUGCGUUACUAAAAUGACGGGAAUGAUACGGUCGCGAUGUGUGCCGUUGGGACUGUAAGGUAUGUUUUAAUAUUGGUAAGUAGUUUUUAAUUUAAUUUAAUCGAUGAUAUUUUACUCCAAUUUUCUGUAUGGAGGUAAGUACGAAUGCCUUUAUUGGUAAUAAAAGAUAUUUUAAAAUUA